CUCGACAACAACAGGCCAAACACGUCGGCGAACGUCCGAAUCCAUCGGCGUCUCCUCGAUGGAGGAUUCCUUUGACGACCAUGGAGAGCAGCUUUCUUUGGAUGAUCUUGAUAUUCAGCUGCACGUGACAGGUUAUGGCCGAGACCCAGUCCCAGCAGUGCAAGACAUUCGACAUCGACCAUCGACCGUCGUCGACUUGUCCUACUCGCAGGUGCUUGAAACGAAAAGCAAACACAGGAAUCACAGCAAGAAGCGCCUUAACUUUACACGUCCUCCGUCACACACGCUGUCGACUCUGAACGAGACCACGUCCAACGACUUUUCCGCCGAUCGUCCACAUGGCCGAACCAAGCGCAACCCGUUCGCGUACAAUUCGGAAGACGUUGACGAGCUUGAGGCAGAACAACAAGAGCUACGCGCAAAGGAGCACGAGGACGACAACGAGUGGUCGCAAGGAGACAUCUCGCUCCCCGGUGAUGACGUGUAUCGUUUUGUCCAGCCCAGGCGACUCUCGUCGUGGGUUCAAGACGAUGCCGUGUACGCGUGUUUCAAGUGCCACGUCCAGUUUACCCUCAUCAUUCGCAAACACCACUGCCGUGCGUGCGGACGCAUCUUCUGCAAUGCAUGCUCGAACCAGCGCCUAGUCAUUCCCGGCGACUACGAGUCGACUCCCGUGUCGCACGCGAUCAAGAACGGAUCGAAUCACACGUACAGCAGCGUGCUGGUCGAUACGACGUCCCACGUGAUCGGGAGUCUCGGGUACUAUGUGUGGAACUACAACACAGCGACACCGUCUCUUUCGUCGAGUGCAAACGACUUCUCCGAAUUCAACUCGAUGUCGUCGUCGACGCUGAGCCGGACCGAGCUCAACGAUUCAGUGGAAUUCGAGCGGGAAAAGUUUCUCCGGUCGAUGACCGUCCUCGAGUCCCGCGGCGUCGUGACCAAGUUCACGCCCGGCGCCGCAUCGGGCGUCAAGGUCAAGCAACCUCCUCGGAUUCCGCCAGGGACGGUCCUCCAACGCGUUUGUGACGAUUGCGCGUCCGCGUUGCAGCAGCGCCGCCAGCACUACAACACAGUCCAAGUGUUUGAGCUGUGCGAAUGGGACAUCGAGACGUUGCGAGUGUUGGGCCAGGUGUGUCGCAAGUGGCAUCGUGCGAGCAUCAUGUGCCUGUCGACAUUUCGCCAGAUUCAGUACUACCUUCCGUCGCAUCCGCUGUCAACCAAAGAGAGGCAGCUCCUGCUGCGCAAUCGGCGGUUCCUGGCCGGCCACUCCAAGUGGCUGCUCCAGCUCGUCAAGGCUGUGUCGUUUCACGACGGCGACUCCGAUGAAACUUCACAAGAUAUCCUGCGACUCAUCGUCGCACCGCGUACGCACAACUGCAUGAUGACCAUGUGCAGUCGUCUGUGUCGGCACGAAAUGGAGUGCGUGGAUGCCCUUGAGAUUCUCUCCAGUGACACGAUGCAAAACGUCACGUUGAGAAACUUGUGUGUCGAGGCGCUGACUCAAAAAGCGACUGACGACGAGUGGCUUAGUUUUCUGCCGGUGGUGUUGCAUGCCUUGGGCUCCGAGACGAACGUGUCCGAUCUCGGCGCUGCCAUCGUCGCGCAGGCGAAGCGAGACAUUCGGUUCUGCUCCGAUCUGUACUGGGGCUCGAGUGUGCUGGCUGAAGAUCGGCGAUUUCGACGCAAGUUUGACGGCUUCCGGCAAAAGUUGCUCCUCACGCUGGCGUCUUCGUCGUCCGCAUCAUGUGACACCUACGCAUCGUGGAGUCAAGACUUGCUCCUUGGCCAAGAGUUCCUGGAUCUGCUUUGGAAUCUUCCACAUCGUGCCGACAACGCCGUCGUCGGGCAGCUCUUGGCUGCGGCCUUGCGCAAAACACAAAUCUUUGGCCCGGAUACGCCGCUCCUGCGAUUGCCCGUGGACCCACUGGUGAAAGCACGGGGGAUCGAUUUUGCAUCGAUCAAAGUCAUGCGAAGUGCGGAAGCUCCUGUGAUCCUCACGUGCACUGGCGUGCUGCACCAAAGUAAAACAGACACGACGGAAGCCAGGGCAUCCGGAACCCAGUCGGCCACCCGUUCCACUUCGCCGUCUAAACAGCAGGUGCGGCGCCCGCCUGUGUACCGCCUGAUGUACAAGCGCGACGAUUUGCGCAAGGACGCGUGCGUGCAAAACAUCAUCCAUGUCAUGUACUCGAUCUUGAAAGCGGAGACGAAGCAAUUCAACAUUGCGCUCGUGACGUAUCGGGUGAUUCCCACGUCCAGCUACGACGGGCUGAUCGAGAUCGUCGAAAACGCGCACACAUUGUACUCGAUCAUCCGCGAACAUGGUACGAUCAUGCGCUUUUUGCACCACUACAACGGCCACAGGACCUUGAGCGACAUCUCGACGUCCUUCCGAGAGUCCCUGGCGGCAUACACGGUGAUCACGUUUCUGCUUGGCGUUGGCGACCGACAUGCCGAGAACGUGAUGCUGACACAGGAGGGGAAUUUAUUUCACAUUGACUACGGCUUUAUCUUGGGCAAGGACCCCAAGCCUCUGCAGCCCCCGAUGCGCCUCGACAACUAUAUGCUGGAAGCGUUGGGUGGACCGAUGCAAGUUGAAGCGUUCAAGGCGCUCUGUGUUGUCGCGUUCAAUUGUCUGCGCCGACACGUGUCGCUGUUCCUCAUCAUGCUGCGAUUGGUCGUGGAUGCAAUCCCUGAAGUGACCGACUUUGGCGUCAACUACACCCAAGCCGACCUCGACGCGUUUGUUGUUGAGCGGUUCUUGCCAGGUAGAGUUGACGGUCGCCAUGGCCGUGAGUGACAAGUAAGCGACCGCGUAGGCCAGACAGAUGAAGAAGCCGCGACAGCGAUCAUGUUGCGAAUGGAAGGCAAACUCAACGAGAAGAUUGGGCUUACGCUUAGCGACUUUGUGCAUGCCCACGCCAGUGAGAAGACUGUGAGCAAAGGAGUGAGUUCCAUGAAGGUCGGGGUCGAGAGUAUCGGCGGGGCUGUGCACACCGUGACCAGUUCUCUGUCGUCCAGCGCCACGUCGCUGCUCAAGUAUGUUUGGGGAAGCGGCCCAUCGUCAACUUCGCACUGAUUGGGUGGGAUACAUAUGAUAACCUGUGAAUUUAAAUAUUUUAUAAUAGGGGA